CUCAGUCUGACUUGAGACACCAAAGAGAACAGCUGCUUUUUGACCAUGAGACUUCGAGAUUUUUUCUGCUGCUGCCUACCUGCUCCUGGACAUAACUUUAAUGAUGACCAGAGAUCAAGGGACAGUAAGGUAGACAACAGCAACAAGAAGAAAUUUGGUAAAGGAAUAUGGAAGAGACUGGGUAACCAGAGCAAGAAAAAGUUAAGAAAAGAGGCCAAGCAACUGAGAAAUCAAAUGGCCGAUAGAAAGAGGGAGGUCCAUGUGAUGGACAUAAUCUCUGAGGCAGAAGAAGAACCUGUGAAGGCCCCACGUCCACGUCCGGUGAAGUGGGAGACACUCUAUGAGAAUCCAGAGGAUAUCAGCAUAGAGAACAUAGUCUUCCACAAGGCCUGGGUCCAUGCUACCCAGGACAGUCAGGAUGUCGUCAGCCCAGAAGUACAUGUGGGGAUGCCUGAGGGAGACACAGCCCAGGCCAAGGCUGAGAUUCCACUCAGUAUUGACCUGCUGGAGUCUGUCUAUGCCAACUUGUCCUCUGGCAUUGACAUGGAUCUUCUGCAUCACCUGGAGCAACUCUCUAAGCAUUUGUCCAAAGGAGAUAGCAGCGGAGGUGAUCAGCCUUCCCAGGCCAGUGAAAGCCCUGUGCUGGUCCCCAACGCUGGAGACCGAGAGCUGGUGCCGAGGCAUCUGACCAUGCAUGAGGAGGAUGAGAAGGAGUGUGCUCUCUUGGAGGAGGAGAGGAGGCUGCAGUUGCUGGCCUGGUUCCAACAAGGAGGACUGGCUGUUUUCAAUACAGCAACAGCAGCAGCAGCAGCCCAGAUGAAACAUAUUGUGGCACUAUUGUUUAACAAUGUCUUUGUGCUAAUGAUGCAGAAACUAUAUUCGUUCAUUAAUAUUUAAUAAUUUUAUUGAUUUUGUGUACUAGUCCAAUAUUAUAUUUUCAUAUUUACAAAAUAGCAACAUUGAUAUUAAGAUUAAGUAUUUUAAUUAUAA